AUGCCCGUCAGCGGCUGUGAGGAGAUUCUCCAGUACUACGAGAUACGCGAGACGAUUGGAACGGGUGGGUUUGCAAAGGUAAAACUUGGGCGGCAUCUUCUUACCGGUGAAAAAGUCGCGAUAAAAAUCAUGGACAAACUUGCUCUCGGGGAUGACUUGCCUCGUGUGAAAACAGAAAUUGAUGCCAUGAAGAAUUUAAGUCACCAACAUAUUUGCCGGUUGUAUCACGUAAUAGAAACAUCCAAGAAAAUAUUCAUGGUCUUAGAGUACUGUCCUGGAGGAGAGCUGUUUGAUUACAUUAUUUCUAAGGACCGUCUUUCAGAAGAGGAAGCUCGUGUAUUUUUUCGUCAGAUUGUUUCAGCAAUUGCUUAUGUUCACAGCCAGGGAUAUGCCCACAGGGACCUCAAACCAGUAAGCCUGAAUAGUAAUCACAUUUCUGUAAAUAAUAACGAAUGAUCUGACAUCUUCUGG